GUGAGGUAUGGCGGCUAGCAGCGCGGAAGAAGUGCUGGCCCGGGCCGAGAAAGCAGAGGCCGAGAAGCUGCGGCUCAUCACGGUUCACAAGGACCUAGAGCUCGAAUUCGACCUAGGCAACUUGCUGGCCAUUGACCCGAAUCCCCCGACAGGCUUGCGGCAGCAGAGCGGGCGGGGGCUGGAGGAGCGGCUUCUGGGACUGGCUCGCGAUAACACGCAGCUACUCAUCAACCAGCUGUGGCAGCUGCCCACGGAGCGCGUGGAGGAGGCCGUGGUGGCCAAGCUGCCCGAGCCUAGCCUGCGCUUGCCCCGCGAGAAGCCAUUGCCAAAGCCUCGGCCCCUCACCCGCUGGCAGCAGUUCGCGCAGUUGAAGGGCAUCCGACCCCGAAAGAAGACCAGCCUGGUGUGGGAUGAGGCGAGUAAGCAGUGGCGGCGGCGCUGGGGCUACCAGCGGGCCCGCGACGACACGAAAGACUGGUUGAUCGAGGUACCCGGCGGCGCCGAUCCCAACGAGGACCAGUUUGCCAAGAGGCUUCAGGCCAAGAAAGAGCGCGUGGCCAAGAACGAGCUAAACCGGCUCCGCAAUAUCGCCCGGGCACACAAGGUACAUCUCCCCAGCCAGGGAGGGAUGCACCCCACCGGCCACCAGAGCAAAGAAGAGCUGGGCAGAGCCAUGCAGGUGGCCAAGGUCUCCACCGCCUCCGUGGGGCGCUUCCAGGAGAGGCUGCCCAAGGAGAAGCCUCCCCGGGGCCCUGGCAAGAAGCGUCAGUUCCAGCCCAACAUUGGAGACUUUGCUGCGGAGAAGAAGGGGCAGCUGGAGCUGCUCAGGGUCAUGAACAGCAAAAAGCCCCAAAUGGAUGUGACUCGGGCGACCAACAAGCAGAUGAGGGAGGAGGACAGGGAAGAGGCUGCCAAGAAGAGGAAGAUGGCCAAGGGGAGCAACAGAAAGGGCCAUGGGGACAAGCGAAAAGGGCGGCCUCUCGGCCCAGGGGGGAAAAGGAAAGGACCCCCAGGCCCGGGAAGCAAGCGGAAAGGGGGGAUGGCAGGCCUGGGUGGCAAAAAAGGACAGCGCCAGGGAGGGAAAAGAAGGAAGUGAUGAAUUUUCCUUUCUAGUGUGUGUUCAGUCACUGAGUGCCUUCUUGUGUUGAUGGAAUCUAGGGGGAUACAGAUAUAAAAACUUGACCCUUUUGCCCUCAUGAAAUUUGUUAUAUGAUUAAGCACCCAGUUCUGUGGCCAAAAUUUAAUUGCCUCUGAAUUCAAAAAGAUGAAUGGAGGACUAAGUAAUCAAGGAAUAUUUGUGAAAGAGCUGGAACUUAAACUGGGUUUGAAAUGGUUUUCUGGACUUUGAAACUUAAAUUUCCUAUGACUUUUGGAGGAGGAGGGUUGUUGAGAAAGGAAUAUAUUUCAGUUCAGUAAAAAUUUAACAUUCCAAGUAAAGAAUUUAGUUUAAAAGUAACCAGUCAUAAAGAUGAAUAAAUGUUGAGUUCUUUUCCAAAAUGUGUCUAACCGUUUGGGAGCUUAUUUCUUUUAAAAUAGGAUGAUAGCAUUCUAGGUUUGCCGCUAG